GCCGCUCCCGGUCGCGCCGCUCCCGGCCCCCCUCGCUGGUGCGGCCCCGGGAGUGGCGGCGGCGGCGGCGGCCCCGGGAGCGGCGGCGGCGCCGCCAUGAAGCGGGACGUGCGGAUCCUGCUGCUGGGGGAGGCCCAGGUGGGGAAGACGUCUCUGAUCAUGGCGCUGGUGGGCGAGGAGUUCCCCGAGGAGGUGCCCCCUCGCGCCGAGGAGAUCACGAUCCCGGCGGACGUCACGCCCGAGAAGGUCCCCACGCACAUUGUGGACUACUCAGAAUCAGAGCAGACGGAGGAUGAGCUGCAGGAGGAGAUCGCUAAGGCCAACGUGGUCUGCGUGGUGUACGAUGUCACCAAGGAAGUCACGAUCGAGAAGAUUCGCACAAAGUGGAUCCCCAUGGUGAACGGAGGAGCUGAGAAGGGAGCCAGGAUCCCCAUUAUUUUGGUGGGAAACAAGUCUGACCUGCAGAUGGGCAGCUCCAUGGAUGUCAUCCUGCCCAUCAUGAACCAGUUCUCGGAGAUUGAGACCUGCGUGGAGUGCUCUGCCAAGAACCUCAAGAACAUCUCUGAGCUCUUCUACUACGCUCAGAAAGCUGUGCUGCACCCUACUGCCCCCCUCUACGACCCGGAGGAGAAGCAGCUGAGACCCGCGUGUGCACGAGCACUGACCCGGAUUUUCAACCUCUCGGACCAGGAUAACAACCAGAUUCUGAGCGAUGAUGAGCUCAACUACUUCCAGAAGUCCUGCUUUGGAAACCCGCUGGCUCCCCAGGCCCUGGAGGACGUGAAGAUGGUUGUGUGGAAGAACACCACGGAUGGGGUGCAGGACAACGGGCUGACGUUAAACGGCUUCCUCUUCCUCAACACGCUCUUCAUCCAGAGGGGCCGGCAUGAGACCACCUGGACCAUCCUUCGCCGCUUUGGCUACGACGACGAGCUGGAGCUGACGGAUGACUACCUGCACCCGCAGUUCCGCCUGCCCCCCGGCUGCUCCUCGGAGCUCAACCACCUGGGCUACCAGUUCCUGCAGCGGCUGUUUGAGAAGCACGACAAGGACCAGGACGGUGCCCUCUCGCCCGCAGAGCUGCAGAACUUCUUCAGCGUCUUCCCCUGCGUGCCCUGGGGCCCCGAGCUCUACAACACGGUAUGCACCACUGAUAAAGGCCUGCUUUCCCUGCAUGGAUUCCUCUGCCAGUGGACGCUCUUGGCCUACCUGGAUGUGCGGCACUGCCUGGAGUGCCUGGGCUACCUGGGCUACCCCAUCCUGUCGGAGCAGGACUCCCAGACGCAGGCCCUCACAGUGACCCGGGAGAAGAGGAUUGACCUGGAGAAAGGCCAGACCCAGAGAAACGUCUUCCUCUGCAAGGUGCUGGGAGCCAGGGGCGCAGGCAAGUCCGCCUUCCUGCAGGCCUUCCUCGGCAGGAGCCUCGCGGCCCAGAGGGAGACCCCAGGAGAGCCGUCUCUCUACGCGAUCAACACCGUGCAGGUCAACGGCCAGGAGAAAUACCUUAUACUGUACGAGGUCAGCGCUGACGCAAAGUUCACGAAGCCAUCGGACGCUGCCUGCGACGUCGCCUGCUUGAUCUAUGACCUGAGCGACCCCAGGUCCUUCAGCUACUGUGCCAGUAUUUAUAAGGAACACUACAUGGACAGCCAGAUCCCCUGCGUCUUCGUGGCCUCCAAGACAGACCUGCCAGAAGCCAGUCAGCAGCCCGGGCUCUCCCCCGCCGAGUUCUGCUACAAGCACUGCCUCCCGCCGCCCUUCCUCUUCUCCUGCCACAGCCAGGGCCCGCCCGGCACCGCCGUCUACACCAAGCUGGCCACCGCCGCCACCUUCCCCCACCUGAACGCCACGGAGCUGGGAGCCGCGUCCUUCUGGCUGCGGGUGGCCCUGGGGGCCGCGGUGACCGCCCUGGUAGGCUUCACGCUGUACCGCGCGCUAGCCAAGAACAAGUGAGAGCUGCUCUCCGCCCCGUCCUCCCCGCGACACCAGCCUCCCCCUUCCGAGCGAUGCCCCGGCGAGGGGCCCUGUGUCGAGCUGGUCCCUGCUGGGAAAUCCUCCUCCCCCCAGCCUCAAUUGCAGGACCAGUGAGACCAGACUUCCCAGCAGCAGCAGGAUAGAUCCUCGGCACCAGCCAGCCUAACCCCGCCGUGCCGCUGGGGACCCCUCCCUGGGAGCCAGAGGCUCACCCCCAUCUUUUAUUCUGUUAAUGUCUUUUUAAUGUUUGUUUUUAUGCUCAAACGUGAGUGCUUCAGUAUCCGUGGGGCAGACACAUCCCGUCCACAGCAGGCUGUGCUGGUGCCCUCAGGUCUGUGGGGUGACUCCUGGAGCCCCUGGGGUCUCUGGCAGCACCAGCCCAAAGGGUUUAUUGGUGCUGGUGGGCUUCGGCCCCAUAGGGCACGCCACCACCCGCAGUCUCCAUUUCCCUCUGCCAGCACAGCCCAUGCUGGGAAAGGCAGCCAGGGAGGGCUGGGGGUGCUUGCUGCCCAAACCCCAGUUUUAAGGUCUCUCCUGGCCCCCCCUGCUGGGAUGUUGUGGCUGCAGCCCCCAGCCCUGGACUGCGAGGGGCAGGAGUGACAGCUGGGCCCUGUCCCAGGCCCUUUCUGUCUUCUGUUUCUGUAUUGGAGUGCUGCAGCGUGUCCUGCAGCAGGAUCUUGGCCCACCUGCCCUCCUCCCCUGGCUCUCUGCGUGUCCUGUCCCCUCCCCGCAACACCAGUAUUCUCGGGGGGGCUGAGGGCAGGCUGCGCUCCUCCCCUGGCCGUGCCAUCGCCAAGCUGGUGCCGCAUGCUGGCACGUGGCCCUUGUCCUGCUGUCCCCUCCGCAGGGACCAAGGCCGGAGCAGGUGCCUCCGGGCUUUGCAUCUCCUGGUACGACUGGAACCACGUCCAUGUCCCGCUCCCAGCCCUGUCCCCCUGCCCCGACGCGGGCAGCUGGCAUUUCAGCCCAGUUUGGGGCCAGCCCUGCCCCAGUGCCCCAGAGACCGAGCCCCCAGGCAGCUCUGUGCCCAGCUCGCCCCUCCCCAGGCUCCCACCCUGCUUCUGCCACGCUGCGGGGAGCCUGGGGAAGCUCCUGGUCUGGAGACGUGCCACAGGCACGUCAUGGGCUACGCUCAGGGUAGGCUGAUUUACAGGCAGCUUGCGGGGCAGCACUGAGGGACAGCCAGCUGCCUUUCUGUCUGUAUUUAAAGUUUUAUCGUGGCCUGGAGCCGGCGAGGGGUUUGGGAAGCCACCUCUGUCCCCAUCCCACCGCUGACCCAGCCGACGUGGCGCGGUGGUGGCACUGUCCCCAGUGCUCGCUGCUGGCUCGUGGGUCCUGGCACCUCCGGGGCCACCUCUUCCAUUCCCACUUCCCGUGCCCCAGCCCGGGAACGUGUCUCGUGGGGCAGAGCCCUGGGGCGCGGGGCUGUCCCCGUGCCCGUCACUGCUCCAGGUCUGGUCUUUUAGGUUUGUUCUCUAUAACGAAAUAAAUUUUUACACACCUUC